CACAUUGUGACAUCAUAGACGCAAUGGAAUAAAUAUUUCAAGUCAGCAAUGCUUGACAGAUACAAAGCUGGUAUGGUGCUGAGUGCUGUUGGUGAUGCAUUAGGAUACAGAAAUGGAGCGUGGGAGUUCAAUAUGUCUGGCAAAGAAAUUCACAAAGAAUUGGAAAUCUUGGGCGGACUUCAUAAAAUCACAGUGAGUUUACCCAACUGGAAAGUCAGUGAUGACACAGUCAUGCAUAUUGCUACAGCCGAAGCACUUGUUACCAAUAAAAUGGUUGGUGAAGAUCUAUUUUUAGAAAUUGUUGGAAAAUACAUCUCAGCUUGUAAAACAGAUAUGAAUGGAAGAUUACCAGGUAUGGCCCUAUGGGGGCAGUAUUCAAGUUAA